UUGAAUUUAACGGUCGGUUUGGCAGUGAAAGUGGAAAGUGGAAGCCAUCGCCUUGCUCCACGAGCCAGCGAAUUGUUUGGUGCGGAAAAUAGAAAACAGAAAGUCAUAAAAUAAAUUAUACAAAAAACGAAGGAAUAUGAAAGUGAAAUAACCGAAAGGAAUAAAUAGUGUAUUACUUACCAAAAUAAAAAGUCUGCAAACAGUCUAAAGAAAAAGUGUGCAAACAGUCAGAAGGAAAAGUGUUUAAACAGUUAAACUUUAAAUAUAAAAGAAAGUGCCACCAUUUCACUUGGAGUUGGAGUCCUCAAAUUUGCUGAGCACUUCCGGGGAAUUAAACAGCUGGACACAAGGGCCAUUUAUGAGUGCGCGAAGUGAAGUAGCGGCCAGAUACCAAAUGGAUGCCGUCUAAAAUCAAAGAAACACAAAUCUAGACCAGAGGAAAAACAUCGUGGACGAUCCACAAUUAACGGGCGGAAAUCGAAAUGUAUAAACAAUCAGCAAAAUGUGCAAAUUCGUGGAGUGCCAAUCGAAAGCAAGCUUGAGUGAAAGUGAAAAACUUCGGCGCGCGCAAAUAAUUAAUUAUCCGCCUGCUUAUUAGCGCAAUUUAUCCAAAGCAGCGCAGACAUUCUGUUUAUGGGCAAAUUUACCAAACGCAAAUAAAACCAAACUGCUGCCAGUCGUGCAUUAAUAAUUUGCAAAACUCCGUCCCAUCCCCAAUCCCUCACUCCCCCAAAAAAUCACACAGAACAGACAGUGCGGCUUGUGGCGUUGAAGUGUUUAUUAAAUUGUCUUCGCCGCAAAUGCAAGACAUUUGCUCGACAAGCGGAGUAAUAGUACUUGGCCAUUGAAAUGCUGGAGCUGCAAGUUUGCGGAGAUUUGUCAGACGGCGACUUGAGCGAAAUCCACAAAAUGGGACACCAAAGGGCCACGGACACGGGACAUCGGCAGAGUCGGAGAAAAUCAGACUACCGGACUUUCCCCACCAGAUUCCUGCUUCUGCUCCUCGCCGUUCUUCUAUUGAGCAUGGAGCUCGUCGAGUGCGCGCUGCGCAAUGUCAAUUUAAUAAUCGAACCCCCCGCGGUGAAAAGGGGACAGCAUGUGGUGCUGAGGUGCAUGUACGACCUGGACGGAGCUCCACUGUACUCGGCCAAGUUCUACCGUGGUCAGCUCGAAUUUUACCGCUAUACGCCCGGCGAGUUCCCCAAUACGAAAGUGUUUCCAUUUCCCGGCAUUCAUGUGGAUGUAAGCAGCUCGAAUGCCACCCAGGUGCUGUUGCGCAACGUGGGAUUCGGUCUUUCUGGAAACUUUUCAUGCGAAGUGACCGCCGAUGCCCCGCUCUUCUCGACCGCCACCGCAGUGGACACCAUGCAAGUUGUUGAGCUGCCCGAGAAGCGUCCGCAGCUUUUCACGGAAAACACACGCUAUGAGCCCGGCGAUGUCCUGCGGGCCAAUUGCAGCACUCCCCCGUCGCGUCCGCGGGCGGAACUUACAUUUACCAUCAACAACAUGGUGAUAACCAACGUGGAGACCCAGUACAUUCGCACCAUUGAUAAUCUGAUUGCCUCACGGAUCGCGCUGAAACUGCAGCUGCAGGGCGUUCACUUUUCCAGCGUGAAUCCGGCCAUCUACAAUAGCGUUUACGGCCUGAACUCGGUGUACGGCCAUGGCGGUCCGGUUUAUGCACCGAAUCCGAAUCCGGGAGGAUUACUAUUGCGCUGCUCGGCGCAAAUCGGGGAUCUGUACCAGGAGGUCAAGGAAAUCGAGCUGGGAACACCGCAAAAGGAUCCGGUACCGGCACGUGUUACACUCUCAUCCGACUCGAGCUUGAAGAACUUUUUCAGCUCGUAUUUCUCGACCUCGGCAUCGGCGGCAUCGCGACUCCUGCCCGGCGUCUAUAUGGCGCCGUUCAUAAUGGCCAUGCUGGCUGGAUUAUUCCGGCUAAUUGAGGUUGUAUUUGAGACCUGCGAUGCCAGCCGGCGGCCAGCAGCCAGACAUUUGAUGACACAUUCCAAGAAGCGAAGGAGCUCGGAGCAGGGUCCAGCUCUUCUGUCCAGCUGCAGCGCCUCCAAGGCGUCCAGACAGCAACUGGCCUGGCCAGAAUCAAUGACGGAUGAUCUGGCCUAGGCGUGUGUUACCAAUUAGUUAAAGCCCUAAGUAAUUCAAGAUAUAUGGUGGGAACUUACUAGGCCUGCGAAAUUAAUAAGUAUUUAGGUGAUCAAUAUUUAUAUUGUAUGGAACACGAACACAAGGCUUGAUACGAAGUUUAUCACGCAACAUUUGAACAUACUAAAAGUCAUUCUAAUAGUAAUAAACAGUUUUUGAUGCCAGCUAAAGUUCUCAAAUACAAAUUUAUUACCCAUCAGUUCAACAUUUAUUAUUUAAACAGGUCUAGUAAAUACCCUAACUUUGUUGAUUUCAAGGAUCUUCAUUUGAUGACUGCUUUUCAUGUUGAUUUUCAUUUUACACCAUAAAAACGCACUGCGAGAUGUGGUGUCUACUAGCGAGCUAAAGAGAAAAAAACAAAUUAAAUUUAAGCAAACAUUUAUAAACUAGCCUAGUCGUAAACAAACAAAACAGGAGGUUGGACAGCAGGACAGAAGAGUUUAAAACCUAUAAAGCAGGACGUACACAAUUCAAAUAUAAAUGUUUACACGAAAGAGAAGCAAAAUGAAAAUAUAUUAAGUACAUGAAAUUACUGAUUCUACUUUAAAUGUGCAAAUUAACAGAAAAAUAAAUAGAGCAAAAAAACAAAGCAAAGCCAGAAAUCAAAGGUGUGUGUUCGAAAAACGAGGAAAAUGUGUGUAAAAUAUAUUUAAAGAAACAUAUUAAAUUAAUUUAAUUUAAAGUAAAUAAAUCAAAGCCUUGUAUGGGCAUAUUGUAAAUGGUGGUGAAAUUAAAUAAAAUGUGUGUUAAUUUUAAA